AAUUUCUCUCCAUGACAGACAGAUUCUAUCAUGGCAUAGCACAUUGUCAUCAUCGUCUUCAUCCCCCACGUCGAAAACACCAUAAAUAAUAUCAAAAAAUGUACCUCGAUUCAAGUAGUUCCUCUCCUCUGCCUCAAAUCAUUAUCCCCUCGCCCAUGUACGUCGUACUCGAAUCCAUAUUACACAUACCCAUAAGGAAAGGACACGCCUCCAGAAGAAAGAACAAAGGGCGUAUCAGUCGUUGGAGUGUUUCCAUGGUUCAUGUUCGCUCUACUGUACGGCGUUCAACGAACCUCCCCGCUGCUGCAUAUGGGUGGACUGGUGGACUGGUGAAUUAGGGUCGAUGACGUGUAUGUGGAGCUCUGCGGCACAGGGCAUGCCGCAUAAGGCAGAAAGGCAGAAGGUAGUAGAUAGGUGGGAAAAGGCAGAAAGUAUUCGGC